AUGACCUCCACCCGCGUGGUAACCAGGCCGAAGCCCGACAUCGUCGGGUCGAACAAUGACGCGGCAGUCACAUCUUCCGCCAACCUCCUCAAAGAGGCAUCAAGAGAGACCGAUAAGCCAAAAGGUCCCGAGGCACGCAAGGUUCUACAUCAUUCCUUUGGCGAUAUCGAUCGCAAAAAGGCGUUGAACGUGGUACCAUAUGCAAACGGCUUCGUCCAUGGCAUCAUCCGCGCGUUUCAGCAAGAUCUUCAUCUCGUUCUCCGGCCUGACGACAUUUGGCUGGCUAUCACGGUACAGUUUAGCUUCUAUGUUAACGGCCACGCCGAGGAAUUAAGAAGUCACUUCGUCAAUCACGAGGGCAAGAAGAAGCUCGUCGUCGACAUGUCGCCCCAAAGCAUGGCGACACUAGACGUUGCAUCUGCGGCAGAGAAGUUCACCACACUGAUCCAGAGCAACGUGCUUGACCCUGAGCUUCGAAGCUGGAUCUUGCCAGAUUUUACAACUACAACCGACAAUGACAUAAGCGUCGGGGCACUGGUCAUGAUGGCCACUACAAAGGCAUACUUUGAGUACAUCAUAUUGAUGGGCUGCGGGUUCCCAAGUGUCACGCUUGAAGGGGAGAGGGAUGACUGGGUAAAGCUCCUCGAAAGACUGCCCAAGCUGGCGACAUUUGGCGAAGAACCUGCGCACUGGAGCAAGCUGCUCACCAAGGUGGUGGAGAAGAUGGUCGAAACAUUCGAUCGACCAGACGAUGAAGACGUCAAGGACUUUUGGAUGAGGGCAGUUCAUGAAGCCGGUGAGGAGGGCUCAGGGCGGGGACUCAUCUCACUAUCGGGCUGGAUCACGGCGUUCUGCUUCUGGGAUGAGAAAGGCCGCAUGAUCCACCAGUAUACGGACAAAGAGCUAGCAGACCACUCGUUUGAACAAACCGAAGAUAGGAAGAGGCAGGUUAUCGAUGACGUUGUCUUCCCAGUUAUUGGCGUCAAAAGCGUGCCACGAGCCGUGGUCGAGGUGCCGGUCAAGGUUCUGGACGGAAAUACGAUGCUUGACUAUGAUACCACUAUCAUUGUCGGGUCAGUGGGUGUAACAGCAACUGCAAGUGAGAGACAUGGGGAAAUCGAUACUUUUCAGCCUCGAUCGGGGUGGUGGAUGUUGCAAGACAAGGUGCAGCCGCUGAAUGGAGAAGACAUGUCGAAACAUGUAGAGGAUGUGUGUAAGGAUUGCAGGGCUCACGACUCUUACUAG